ACGAACUGUCAAAAUAUUGAUUACUUAUCGGAUCUUCAACUUGUUUGCGUGGGCCAAGCGCGGUAGGUUUCGUUUAUCUCUUACAUUUUAAAACAAUCCGGUAGUUAAUAGUGAGGCCAUCGAACUAAAAAAUAGGACAAGAUGAGCAAGAGAACGGACCCCGACAAGUUCAUCGUGACGAAGUACGUGCUGUACCCUGGCCUUCUGCUCGCGCUGCUGGUGCGCUGCUGCGUGGCCGCGUACCCGUACUCCGGCCGCGGCGCGCCGCCCAUGUUCGGCGACUUCGAGGCGCAACGCCACUGGCAGGAGGUUACGGUGCACACGCCGGCGCGCGACUGGUACCGCAACACUACUCACAACGACCUGCAGUACUGGGGCCUGGACUACCCGCCGCUCAGCGCCUACCACAGCCUGCUGCUGGGGCUCGUGGCGGACUGGCUGGAGCCCGAGUCUGUGCGCCUGUUCGCGUCGCGUGGCUACGAGAGCGAGACGCACGAGACCUUCAUGCGCUGGACCGUCUUCCUGAGCGACCUGUACUUCUACGUGACCGCCGUACUGUGCAUCUGCAUACAUAUGGAGCGGGUCACGUCCAAAAGCGAACUCUCGGUAUUCAAGCGAACAGAUGUGUCCACGGUGAUCUGCCUUCUGUACCCCGGCAUCAUCCUCAUAGACCACGGCCACUUCCAGUACAACUGUGUGUCUCUGGGGCUGUUCCUUAGGGCUACCUUUUUUAUCGUUGCCAUAGAGAAUGACAUCAUGGCAACUAUAUUUUUUGUGUUGGCUCUUAACUACAAGCAAAUGGAGCUGUAUCAUGCACUGCCUUUCUUUUUUUAUUUACUCAGGAAGUGCUUCAUAACCGUCACCAAUGAGAGCAGCAUGGCACACCUAAUAUACCGGUUUACUAAACUAGCCAUUGCUGUCAUCGGUACUUUCAGUGCAGUCUGGUAUCCAUUGGUCCAUUCCUGGGAUGACGUCCUGCAAAUUUUGCACAGACUGUUUCCCAUCAAACGAGGUGUGUUUGAAGACAAGGUGUCAAAUGUGUGGUGCUCUGCCAAUGUUUUUGUCAAACUGAAACAUGUAUACAACAAUGAAGAGAUGGUACGAAUGUGUGUUAUGUCUACACUGGUGGCAUGUAUGCCAUCCUGCUUGGACUUAUUCUUCAGAAUCAAUAGAAAAAAGUUUGUUCUUUGUCUUAUUAAUGUAUCACUUGCAUUCUUUCUCUUCUCAUAUCAGGUCCAUGAGAAAUCAAUCCUCCUGGUGGCCAUUCCGGUAACUAUUUACUUGCCAGAUGAUCCUUUCACGUCUCUCUGGUUCCUCCUGCUAUCCACAUUUAGCAUGCUACCUCUGCUGCUGAAGGACGGGCUACUGUUACCAUUGUUGUGCACCAGCUCGAUAUACCUGAGCUUCUACAGCAUUGCAUUGCACCUGUCGGGGUUGGAAACUAAUAUUUUCAGUGUCCUGAGUGCCAACACUGUCUAUGAAGCAGCUAAAACCAAGAGUUACAACCAUGUAGUGAUGAAGCUGUUCAGCACCAUGUUCUUCUUCUCCUUGCAAGGCAUGAUUUUGCUAGGGCUGGGCUCGCUGCUGGUGAAACCCCCACCUCAGUACCCCGACCUUUUCCCGCUCCUCAUCUCAAUGUACUCAUGUUUGCACUUCAUCUUCUUCCUUAUAUACUUUACAUAUUGCCAGCUACAGCUGCCAAUGUGUUUGCCCGUGCAGUUAAAGGUUAAGAAAAAUUAGUUUAAUUUACUAGUCAGCUGUCAAUUGUAUGUGCUAUAAACAUUCCAAAUAAAGUUAUACCGUCUUA